AGCGAUGCGUUCUGUUCGCCAAUGCAUUCCUGCUCCAGCGGCCUCAGAGUUUGCCACCUUCCUAGGUCGGUACAGCAUCAAGAACAGGAAAGACAGCUCACACUCCUCGGGUCGCUUCCUCUCGUAUUGAGCACGGGGUAAAGAUGUCUGCUGAAGUACUAGACGACAACUGCAUCAACUUUGUGAAAAUGAAAUUUAUUAACAAUACUCUUUAUUUUGAAGCUGAAAAUGAUGAAAACCUGGAAUCAGAUUACUUCCGCAAGCUUGAAUCUAGAGUCUCAGUCAUUCGCGAUGUGGACAACCAAGUUCUCUUCUUUGACAACAGAUGUCAGGCUGUGUUUGAAGACAUGACUGAUUAUGAAUGUGAAGAAAAUGAAGACCAGACCAAGUUUAUAAUGUGUGUAUACAAGGACAGCUUCACCAGAGGUAUGGCGACAGCCAUCUCUGUGAAGUAUAAGAAAAUGUUUACUCUCUUCUGUACAGAGAGGGGAAAAGCUACCUUUAAGGAAAUGAAUCCUCCUCAAGAUAUUAGUGAUGAACAAAGCGCCAUGAUAUUCUUCCAGAGAGCUGUUCCAGGACAUCAUGAUAAGGUGCAAUUUGAGUCUUCAUUGUACAAAGGAUGCUUUCUAGCUUGUCAAAAAGAAAAUGAUCUUUUCAGACUCAUGUUGAAAGAAGGUGGUAACUCUGCGGAUAAAUCUCUAAUGUUCAGUGUUAAAAUCAAAAGUAAAACCGCAUUAACUCUUUAAGUUUUGUUUUUUGCAAGGCCUGCAUGUUUGAGCACGAUAUUGUAAGGUAACAUAUGUAAUGGAUACUUUUAACAAAAAAAUAAACUUGUACCCUGAAAAUUUCAAAACA